AUGCUGGGUGCAUACGUGUGCCGGCAAUGUCGGACACGCUUUCCUCGACGCGCUACCCUCGUUCGAAAUCCUCAAUGGCAACCUCGAGCUACGUUUCAAUCGCUGCGCUCAUCGGAGCCGCAACAUGCCGCCAAACCAGCCCAAGACGAGGCAAGCCCCACAAUGCAAGAGCAACAACCGCCUGUACAGAGAAUGAUACAUGAUGAGCCGAAUAAAGAAUUCACGAAUCCAAGCUACCGGACAGCCCAGCGAAGUAGAUACUCGGGGCUAGUUGACGACAAUACAGUAGCCAUUCCCUCCUACACUGAAGACGGCUACACUGAAGACGGCUACGCUGAAGAUGGCUACAUUGAAGACGGCUACAUUGAAGGUGCGCAAGAAGACGUGCAUGAAGAAGCACGGCCAAAGAAAGCAUCGGAAUAUGCGCAAGCUUAUUAUUUUCCAAUCUCUCGGGCUCUCUCGCGCAACAAUGUUCGUGGAGCCUGGGAGUCAUUUGAAAGGAUAUACACGGGAAAGGACUGUAAUGCUCUUAGUGAGCACAUCGAACAUGACGACUGGUUGAAACAGGCAAGACUCUUGCCCCGUCUUCUCGAGAACAUCACGCGUGAUUUCUGUUCAGGCAAAAGCCGCGCAAAUGUGGGUCCGGCUGCUGUACUGUUCAGAUACCAGCAGCUUGGCAUUGCUCGGAAUGAGCACUGGGUCAGGCCAGCGCUAGAGCUUUUGACGCAAGAGGUCAUUCGGGCUGUGAACGCGCUAUCAAAGAGGCCCCUGGAGCACUUGCACUUGAUGCUCCAUGAGCUGAUUUCUCUUUGGCGGCUGUUUUUUCAGUGCAUGGGACCGCAUGGCAAUACAUCAGAGUCCAUCAAUACCAAAUGGCCUUUGCCAUCCGUCGAAGAACUUCCAGAUUUAUAUGAUUACAGGGACUUCAACAGGCGUUUGCAGGGUUAUAUCCCCAAAUAUGUCAGUAGCCCUGCAUUGGGCUUCUGCGCUGUGUACAUGUACAGCAUUUCGGACGCUUUGGAGCCGACGCUGCGUGAAGAAGCGGUGCCUUUUCUAGCUUUCAUCGAAAAAUUGCUGGCAGGCUCGCAUGUGGACACCAUCUUUAAAUACACGAAAACCUCUGGUCGGUUCUCAGAAUUGCCAGACGAUGUCCAGCGCCAAAUCAUAGAAGAAAUCAACAUGGCCCCACGAAAGGCCAUGGUAGCCGUUGGCACAGAAGGCGACAAUCCAGACGAGAUGACCAACCUGGAGAUGUUCCAUAAUAAGAGGAUAGCACGCGCUAUACAAACGACGGCUUCGCCCAUGAAACUGGAGCAACUCUGGGAAGAGGUCAAGGAAGCAUAUACUGCUGCAGACAAGACUGUGACGAUUCCCCGCUCCAUCUACAACCAUUUUCUUUCCGGCUACUUGACCCUUUUCUGGCCGCAACGCGCGGUCGAAGUGUGGAACCACAUGAUUGCACACAAGGUCGAGCCAGACGUACAGUCGUGGGUUGCUCUCAUGGAAGGUUGCGCAAAAACAAAUGACAUCGACGGAUUCAAUGCCACGUGGAAACGAAUGCAAAGUGCUGGCGUCGAACCGGAGAACUUUGCCUGGACCACGCGCAUCCAUGGGUUGAUGUCCCUCCGGCAAGUCAACCAGGCCCUGGCUGCACUGGACGAUUUAGGCAAACGCUGGCUUGCAGCAGAAGAUGCCAUGAACAACAAGCAGAAGCGCGGCAAAGGGCAAAAGGCUGCAAGCAAGGUCCCUGGCACGGGUGUGAAGAACUGCAUCAAACCGUCUAUUGAGGUUGUCAAUGGCGCGGUAUCAGCGAUUGCGCAGAUGCGUGACCAACAUAUGCGGCACGAAAGACGAGUAGAGUUUGUGCAAAAGAUCCUGACAUGGGCGAAGACGUUUCAAAUCAAGCCCAACGCCAUUACCUACAACAGCUUAAUCCAGCUGUAUCUGCGGGCCAAGGACACUGCCACGGCCCUCCGCAUCCUAGGACAGUUGGAGCGGGAAGGGCUCGAAGGCGACAUUGCAACGCACACGAUGCUCAUCAGCGCGGCGUUUGAGAACCAAAUCUUCGACAGCCAAAGCGAGCAAGAGCAGACGGAAAAGGUGCUCAAGGUGCUCGACGACCUGGAGGGCAGCGGGCUGAAGCUCAAUGCCUACGUCUACUCGACCGUCAUCGACCGGCUGCUCAAGAGCUACGCCAACUACAAUGCUGUGCGCAGCAUCAUGGACCACAUGCUGAGUCGCAAGUUCAUACCGUCGGUACAUGUCUACACAUCGCUCAUCACGCACUACUUCCAGUCGGAGCCGCCCAAACUGGCCGAGGUAGACAGCAUUGUCAAUCUGCUCUUCACUUCCUCACACGUGGCCAGCGACCGCAUGCUCUACGAUCGGCUGAUCGAAGGCUAUGCAUCGCACGGGGAAAUCGGCAAGAUGAUGAGCGUGCUCACGCGCAUGUCCAAGCAGGGCAAACUGCCUGGCUGGAGUGCGCUGAUUGCCGUGGUCAAAGCACUGGUGCAAGAAGGCGACUACGAGCGUGCACGUAUUGUAGUGAGGGACGUUGCGCGGGGCGAGGGCGUAGCCUCAGGCGGCAUCAUGGGCGACAGGAUGGGGCAAUGGUACUUUAAGAAAACAGUCGAAAGCCUGGGGCUGGGGCUCGACGAGGAGAAAAUGGCCGACUUCAUGCGGGGUGAGACCGACUGGAAUGGCGAGAGAGCAGUGGACCAGAUGAUGCCAAGGGAGCAGCAGCCACUACCUCCAGCACCACCACCACCUCCUCCUCCUCCUCCUCACACAGAGUAUCCACGUGACGCCUUGGCCAUGAACCAAGACAUCCACGGCUUCUUGGCUGACCACCAAGAUCCUACACCGGACAAGUAGUUUAUGU